CUGACGAGCAGGUGGAGAACUAGUAUGGAAGUGUCUCGCCGUUGCUUGGCAACGCCAGUUCUGACAGUUGGCUCUUCCUGGGUAGCUAGCUAGCAGAGUUGUUGACUAGCGACGUUUAUUUUUAUUUGGCUAAAUUAGCCUAGCAUAGUUAUUCCAUUCCGUUAUCUAGGUUGCCCAACACGAGGUGUAGUCCAUGGGCAGCCUUGCCAGUGAGGUUUUGGAUGAGGCCCACUGUUUCUGGGCGACAUGCGCUCAUCCUUGCUGCUGGGAGUCGGAGCAGCGCAUUGCCAAAGGCGUCCCAAACUACAUAAAGCCAAGAACAUCAGAUGGGGUCAGAGCCCCUGUAGAUGUGGAAGAGUUUCCAACCCUUAGUGUGGUUAAUGUAUCGGAGUGGACUGAGGGCCAAAAGAUCCCUAAAGGGAAGCUGCUUUUCAAGACGCGUAGCAAGGAGAAUUUUGCCACAGAUGCCUCUCUAACUCUUCUCUCCAGCCAGUCACACGUCCAGCAGCGGGAGCAUAACACAAGUGCAGACCUUCACGUUCCAGGGUUAAACUCUGUUGACCAGAUUCCUCGUAAUAAACAACACAAGGAAGUAAAGCUCAGCACAGUUCAGAUCAAUCAGUUGGCCAGCUGUUCCAGUGCAUCAUGGGGCUCUGGCUCCCUAGUGAUGUGGGUACCCAAUCCCCAACACAUCCCGCAGUGCCAAGCCCGAAACAGGCCUAAAUCUCCCUAUGUACCUGUCAAGGAGCUCAUUUGCCUUCCGUCCUUAAAAACCUCAAAAAUUAACAGAAAUCCAAGAAUUGAAGUUCAAGAGUCCAAGAAUGUGCGGAAGAGGGUGCCGUUCCAGCUGACAACAUUGACGUCAAAGCCGAGAAGUGAGCAUGGGUUGAGCUCCCCAGUGGCACAGCAAACUGUCCACCCAACAGACCUUGCCCUGGCCAAGCCUGACACAGACACUGACCCUAAGAGGGAGGAGGAGGAUGCCCAGACCCAGGCUCAUACCAGCCCACACCCUCCCCCAGUACCCAGGAUCCCCAGUGCUUUCCUCCUCAGGAACAAACCUGUGGUGUUCCACAGUGUCAGGGAGAGGGUACUGAGAAGACACACCCAGCAGGACCUCUCAACAUACAAGUACAAACUGGACAGCAAGACUGGUAGGGGUGGCAUUGACUGGGAUAGUCUGAGAAGACAGACCUAUUUGUGGAGGAAGCACAACCUUCCACCCAGAGAGAAGCCAUUUCCCGCAGAGGACAUGACUGUCAGCCAGAUAGGCUUUGGUUUCUACCCCAUCCCAAAGGCCAUGCUCCAUCAUGACCCAAGGAGCCCUCUGUCCAAAGGUCCAGCUGUGUGGCGCUGCCUGGAAUGUGUGGAUGGGAUGUGGUGUGGCCAUGGUGGUGGUCCACUGGCCUCCAUAUCCAAGUGCCUUAACUCAUUGGUGUCAAACAGUUCCUUCAAGUUCUGUAGCAGAUCCAACCUCAGCUGUCAAAACCCCUUGCACCAACUCCUAGAUGGAGAUUACCUAAGUGAUGUGGAUCCAGGCAACAAGGGCACCAUCGCUCCUCAGAACUCCAUGAUGUACCUUCAGGACACAGCUUCAAACUACAGUGACUGUCAAGGAGAGGAUAAUGAAUUUGGCUUAUGUCCAGAGAGAGAUGCUGAAGGAGGUCUAGGAUCCCUAGAGAGGCCAGGUAGGAGCUCUUAGGACAAAGGGCACAGCUCUUCCGGUUCCCAGCCAUCCCCUCCACCCUCUAGCUUCAACUCCGAUACCUACGGAGAUGGUUAACCUUGAAUAUGAAGAGACGGACACUGAACGAUCCAGGACUAAGAUCCAGGAGUAAAUGUACUCAUCAUGCCUGUGAACAUUCAUAUAUUUAAUCCAGAGCUAUCCUUAUGCUUUAGAUAAAUACAUCUGGUGGCUUGCUUUUUUUUCAUGUCAAGUAUAGCCUAACAUGGUAACGUAACAAUAAACACUAAGUGUACAAAACA